AGGAGGCGGCGGCGGCAGCGGGGGGCUGAGGGGCGCCGCCAUGCCUCUCCCGCGGUGAAGCACCCCGGCCGUGAGGAGCCGCUGGUCUCCCCGGUGAUGUUCCCCAGGCGGCAGGCGAAAGCGACUCACUCGAGCCCUGGGCGAUGGCAGAGGAACAACAACAGCCGCCACCACAGCAGCCUGAUGCCCAUCAGCAGCUUCCCCCCAGCGCCCCCAACUCGGGGGUGGCCCUGCCAGCCCUUGUGCCCGGGCUGCCAGGGACAGAGGCCAGCGCGCUGCAACACAAGAUCAAGAACUCCAUCUGCAAAACUGUACAAUCUAAAGUGGACUGCAUUUUGCAAGAAGUUGAGAAGUUUACAGACCUAGAGAAACUCUACCUCUACCUUCAGCUGCCUUCUGGUCUCAGCAAUGGAGAGAAAAGUGAUCAGAAUGCCAUGUCAUCUAGUCGGGCACAACAAAUGCAUGCCUUUUCCUGGAUUCGGAAUACCCUAGAGGAACAUCCGGAGACUUCACUGCCCAAACAGGAAGUCUAUGAUGAGUACAAGAGCUAUUGUGACAAUCUUGGUUACCAUCCAUUAAGUGCUGCUGAUUUUGGAAAGAUCAUGAAAAAUGUCUUUCCAAACAUGAAGGCACGUCGUUUGGGCACAAGAGGCAAAUCUAAAUAUUGCUACAGUGGACUAAGAAAAAAAGCUUUUGUUCAUAUGCCAACACUGCCCAACCUUGACUUUCACAAAACUGGAGAUGGGUUGGAAGGAGCUGAACCUUCUGGGCAGCUUCAAAAUAUUGAUGAAGAAGUUAUCUCUUCUGCUUGCCGUCUUGUGUGUGAGUGGGCCCAGAAAGUGUUAAGCCAACCAUUUGACACCGUCUUGGAAUUAGCCCGCUUCCUUGUAAAAAGUCACUAUAUAGGCACCAAGUCAAUGGCAGCUCUAACUGUAAUGGCAGCAGCACCAGCAGGAAUGAAAGGAAUUACCCAGCCUUCUGCUUUUAUACCUACAGCUGAAAGUAAUUCCUUUCAGCCUCAGGUGAAGACUUUGCCAUCUCCAAUUGAUGCUAAACAGCAGUUGCAACGGAAAAUCCAGAAGAAGCAGCAAGAACAGAAACUACAAUCCCCUUUGCCAGGAGAAUCUGCAGCAAAAAAGUCAGAAAGUGCUACAAGCAAUGGAGUGACUAAUCUUCCUAAUGGAAAUCCUUCAAUCCUUUCUCCUCAACCUAUUGGUAUCGUUGUGGCAGCUGUCCCUAGUCCCAUUCCGGUCCAGCGGACUAGGCAAUUGGUAACUUCACCGAGUCCAGUGAGUUCUUCUGACGGCAAAGUUCUUCCCCUCAAUGUACAGGUGGUCACGCAGCACAUGCAGUCUGUGAAACAGGCACCAAAGACUCCCCAGAACGUUCCAGCCAGUCCUGGUGGGGAUCGUUCUGCCCGGCACCGUUACCCUCAGAUCUUACCCAAACCAGCGAACACCAGUGCACUCACCAUUCGCUCUCCAACUACUGUCCUCUUUACUAGUAGUCCCAUCAAAACUGCUGUUGUACCCGCUUCACACAUGAGUUCUCUAAAUGUGGUGAAAAUGACAACAAUAUCCCUCACACCCAGCAACAGUAACACCCCUCUUAAACAUUCUGCCUCAGUCAGCAGUGCUACAGGAACAACAGAAGAAUCAAGGAGUGUUCCACAGAUCAAGAAUGGUUCUGUCGUGUCACUUCAGUCUCCUGGGUCCAGGAGCAGCAGUGCGGGGGGAACAUCUGCUGUGGAAGUCAAAGUGGAACCCGAAACAUCAUCAGAUGAGCAUCCUGUACAGUGUCAAGAGAACUCUGAUGAGGCUAAAGCUCCCCAGACACCUAGUGCCCUUUUGGGGCAGAAAAGUAAUACAGACGGAGCACUGCAGAAACCUUCAAAUGAAGGUGUCAUUGAAAUAAAAGCAACUAAGGUCUGUGACCAGAGGACCAAAUGUAAAAGUCGCUGUAAUGAAAUGCUGCCAGGCACGUCAACAGGCAAUAAUCAAAGCACUAUCACUCUAUCAGUUGCUUCUCAGAACUUAACUUUCACCAGCAGCAGCUCACCACCUAAUGGUGACUCAAUCAAUAAAGACCCUAAAUUAUGCACUAAAAGCCCAAGAAAACGACUGUCUUCUACAUUGCAAGAGACCCAGGUGCCUCCUGUAAAGAAACCAAUUGUGGAACAGCUUUCAGCAGCUACCAUAGAAGGGCAGAAACAAGGCAGUGUUAAGAAGGACCAAAAGGUUCCGCAUUCAGGGAAAACAGAAGGUUCAACAGCAGGUGCUCAGAUUCCUAGCAAGGUAUCAGUAAAUGUCGGUUCACACAUCGGAGCAAAUCAACCCUUGAAUUCCUCUGCCCUUGUUAUCAGUGAUUCAGCUUUGGAACAGCAAACAACCCCAUCAUCAUCUCCAGAUAUAAAAGUAAAACUUGAAGGAAGUGUCUUUCUCUUGGACAGUGAUUCAAAGUCAGUUGGCAGCUUUAAUCCAAAUGGAUGGCAACAAAUCACUAAAGAUUCUGAGUUUAUAUCUGCCAGCUGUGAACAACAGCAAGAUAUCAGUGUUAUGACAAUUCCUGAGCACUCUGAUAUCAAUGACUUAGAGAAAUCUGUUUGGGAAUUAGAAGGAAUGCCACAGGACACAUAUAGCCAGCAGCUACAUAGCCAGAUACAGGAAUCUUCUUUAAAUCAAAUACAAGCACAUUCUUCAGAUCAGUUACCUCUGCAAUCUGAACUGAAGGAGUUUGAGCCUUCUGUUUCCCAGACAAAUGAAAGCUACUUUCCUUUUGAUGAUGAACUUACACAAGAUAGUAUUGUGGAAGAGCUGGUGCUUAUGGAGCAGCAAAUGUCAAUGAACAAUUCUCAUUCUUACGGCAACUGUUUGGGAAUGACCCUUCAGAGUCAGUCAGUAACUCCAGGAGCUCCAAUGUCAUCUCACACCUCCAGCACCCACUUCUAUCAUCCAAUCCACAGCAAUGGCACUCCAAUCCACACACCCACACCCACACCCACACCCACUCCUACUCCAACCCCAACCCCAACCCCAACAUCUGAAAUGAUUGCUGGAUCUCAGAGUCUGUCACGGGAGAGCCCUUGCUCCAGGCUAGCCCAGACUACACCUGUGGAUAGUGCUUUAGGAAGUAGCCGACAUACACCCAUUGGUACUCCACAUUCUAACUGCAGCAGUAGUGUCCCCCCCAGCCCUGUUGAAUGCAGGAAUCCGUUUGCAUUCACUCCAAUAAGCUCCAGUAUGGCAUAUCAUGACGCCAGCAUUGUCUCAAGUAGUCCUGUGAAACCGAUGCAAAGACCCAUGGCCACACACCCUGACAAAACCAAGCUUGAAUGGAUGAAUAAUGGGUAUAGUGGGGUUGGUAAUUCAUCAGUUUCUGGCCAUGGUAUUCUCCCAAGCUAUCAGGAACUAGUGGAAGACCGUUUCAGGAAACCUCAUGCUUUUGCUGUGCCUGGACAGUCUUAUCAGUCUCAAUCCAGACAUCAUGACACUCAUUUUGGUCGUUUGACUCCUGUCUCUCCUGUGCAGCAUCAAGGUGCCACUGUAAAUAACACCAACAAACAGGAGGGUUUUGCAGUCCCUGCCCCUCUUGAUAAUAAAGGAACUAAUUCAUCUGCCAGCAGCAACUUCAGAUGCCGGAGUGUGAGCCCUGCUGUUCAUCGCCAACGUAAUCUUAGUGGAAGCACCCUCUAUCCAGUAUCUAAUAUCCCACGAUCUAAUGUGACCCCCUUUGGAAGUCCAGUUACCCCAGAAGUUCAUGUUUUCACAAAUGUUCACACAGACGCAUGUGCCAACAACAUAGCUCAAAGAAGCCAAUCAGUUCCAUUGACAGUCAUGAUGCAGACAGCCUUCCCAAACGCUCUUCAGAAGCAAGCAAACAGUAAAAAAAUAACCAAUGUUUUGUUGAGUAAACUUGAUUCCGACAAUGAUGAUGCAGUGAGAGGUUUGGGAAUGAACAACCUGCCCUCUAAUUAUACAGCCCGGAUGAAUCUCACUCAGAUUUUGGAACCUUCCACUGUUUUUCCUAGUGCCAACCCACAAAAUAUGAUCGAUUCCAGCACUUCUGUUUAUGAGUUCCAAACACCAUCUUACCUCACCAAAAGUAAUAGCACCGAUCAGAUCAAUUUUUCUCCUGGAGAUAAUCAAGCACAAUCAGAAAUUGGAGAGCAACAAUUAGAUUUCAAUAGCACUGUUAAAGACCUGUUGAGUGGAGACAGCUUGCAAACCAACCAGCAGCUGGUAGGUCAGGUAGCAUCUGAUCUCACUAAUACUGCAUCUGAUUUCUCUAGCGAUAUCAGGUUGUCUUCUGAGCUCUCAGGCAGCAUCAAUGAUUUGAACACUUUAGACCCAAAUCUACUGUUUGAUCCAGGUCGUCAGCAGGGACAAGAUGAUGAAGCUACACUGGAAGAAUUAAAGAAUGACCCAUUAUUUCAACAAAUUUGCAGUGAAUCCAUGAAUUCUAUGACUUCAUCAGGUUUUGAAUGGAUAGAAAGCAAGGACCAUCCUACUGUUGAAAUGUUGGGUUAAAUUGUGUUUUAUAACAUGUAGCACACUGUAUCUAAAGACAUAUGUAUUGUAUUUGUCUUAAUGGAAGUGCCUCCCGCAGCAGAAAUACUAUUAAUUGUGACAUUUUAAAAGCGUUUGCUGCAGAAGUGGUUUCUUCAGUAGGAAAUGGUUAGACUUGCCUCAGUUCUUAACAAGUGUCUAAAGACAGUAGGCUGUAGAAGAACAAGUAUUAGGUUUUAAAUUUUAUAAUGUGCCCCAUUUAUUCACAUUGAUUGACUAUCCAGCUGUUACAAGAGCAGUCGAUCUUUAUUUUGUGUAAGUUAGUUUCAUUUCAUCAGAUGAUCUGCACAGAACUCAGAAUAAACCAUCAAUUUUAGGUAUAGGCUAUUUUGUUGUUGGCAUUAUCUUUUAGAUAUAAAAUCAUAGCUAAGGUGAACUGUAGACAAGAAAGUCUUCCUUGAAACAGGGAUAAUAUUCAGGUUAUUAUAAAUAUUUAGGCUUGAAGCAUAGAGCUACUGUAGGGUGAAAAAUCUCUGUAGGACUUUCUGGGGCUUCAGUACCAUUUACACCCACGAUGAAGGGCUUAAAUAGAAAAUAAUGGAAAAUUAAAUAUUACUUUAAGGAAAGCAAAGCUGCACUAAAAUUUUUAAGGGAAAAAAAACAAGUAGCCAUUUAUAUUUGUGACCUUGCAUUAAUAUUUAAAUGUUGAUUUUAAUAUGGAGCUAGCACACAUAGAUGCGCAGGCACGCACACACAAAACAAGCAAAUGUAACUCCAGGCAUUUGUAAUUUAAUAUAAUAAAUACAAGCAUGUUAGAAAAAUGCUGUAUGUUUUAUUAUUUGUUAAGUUAGGGGAAUGAGAAGGAAAACAAAAGCAUUCUCUUAGUUUCAUCACAAUGGCUGCAUGUACAUAUUGAGAUUCUAAUUGAGAUUUACUUUGAAAUUUUUCAUUAAAAUAUUCCACAAUAAUCAGUUUUUUUCCUCUUCAAUUGAGUGACUGACUCCCUCACUCCUCCUGAAUAUAGUAAUGUAGUUUGAUCAUAAGAUCCCUUUGAAAAACAGGAAGGAGGAUAACAUAAAAAACAACAAAAAACAUUUCACCACCUAAGGUCUGAAGCCACAAAUCUUUAUAUCUCUGAUGAAACAAAGGGGAUAUCAAUAGUACUUGAAGAAGAGCAUUUUAUUACUUGCUUAAUUUAUUUAUUGUGAUAACCACAAUUGCAAAAGAAGAACUCAGGAUUUGUUUUAAAAUGUUUCUCUCUAUGGCUCCCAUUUUGUUUUGUGAAUAAUUAUUUAUGAGUUGCAUGUUGACACAAACCUACUCACUGGUUGAAAGCUCCAUUUAAGUGAGUUUCAAGAUCACUUUCAAAGAGAUUUUUAAAUUGCCAUUGUUUUUAAAGCUAACGUAAAACCAUUUGCUAUGCUACCUUGAACCUAGCUAAGCUUUCCUUUACCUUAGUAAGCCAAUCAGAAGACUACAAUCAAUGAAUAUUUAGCAAAUGUGCUGAAGGGUUUAAUAAGGUUUUGUUGUUCAAUAAAUUUGCAAGGUAGGGUAUUAACAUAUUUUGAUAAAUAAAUGGUGCUAGAGUUGGCGCAGAGGUUUAUAUAUUGAUAUGUCUUAGUUAUUGGCAUUUGUGUGUGUUUGCUGUUAUCUUGAUUUCAUGAUUUGUUAGGUAUUUUUUUCUUGAUGCUAGUUAUUUCUUCACUGUACAUUGAGACACAGCACUACUGCACACCAAAGUAUGCAAUACCCAAAGGAAACUGUGUGAUUUCUCCUGACAAAUGAUGGGAGCCUUUCUUUAUGAGAUACUCUGAAAAGGAGAUUUUGAGGCCAUUCUAAUCCCUUGUUUACAUUAUUAGCUUCCUACUAAUAUAAAAAUAAUGGAAAUCUUUUUUGAUAAAAAUAUUAAGACUGGAGGAUUUUUAACCCCUUGUACAGUAUUGCAGCAAACUCUUUAAAUUUGGUUGAAUUCGUCCAGCAAACUUUCUGGGGUUCAUAUAUUGCACUAAAUUUGUUGAACCUGUGGUAGGCACAUCUCUUAGGAUAAAUGCAACCAAUACAGUCCACAGAUUAAACUUUUUAAAUGUGUUUCAUUAUGAAAAGACAAAAUGUCAUCAAAGUGACAGAUAAAAUUGUCUUAUGUAGCAAUGUGCAUUGAUCUCAAUGAGAUAUUUCUAUUAUUCUCUUACAUGAGAAUAUUACAGCAGGAAGAAUUAAGUUUAGUUUGCUUCACCAUGUUAAUACAUGAUCACAAAAUGUGCAUGAGUGUUAUUGACUUAUCUUGUACAGUACUAGGAUUCCUGUAACCACUCUUUUUUUUCUUCGCUGUAUUGAAACUGGUUCAGUGUUAACCAGGCAAGCAUAGUUAUUUACAGGUUAUUUACUUUAUGUUUACUAAUUCUGCUUAGUUAUUGUUGAAUAUGUUCUGUUCCAGAUUAUUUUUAUUGUUUUGAUGUUUAAAACAUUUUGCAUACUGUUUAUCAUAAAACUUCAUGAAGUAAAUAAUUUUGCAUAUAAUUGCAAUAAGCACUGACUUUUGAACUGAAAAGAAGGAAAGUGUUUUUUUGUGCAGUGCUUCUGAGGUUCAUAUAAUAGUCUUGUACUAUAAUGUGCUUUACUACACGAUAAAUGACAAAAACAAGCCCUGUUUCAUGUUUCAUUUAGUGCAAAAAGUCAGAUUUCCCCAGUGUUUUGUUGUCUGUUGUACCUGCUGAAACUACAGUAGUUGAAUAUUGCAGUAGCAUUUCAGUUCUCUUUUUUUAUUAAAGUGCUCAAAAAUUGUUUUUUAAAUGUUUUCAAAAACAAUUAAAAACAUUUUAUAUUAAA